UUGGUGCAGCAAAAGAUAAUUAUCAAGAUAUCAAUGCAUUGCAGUAAAUGCCGAGCAAAGGCUUUAAAGAUAGCUGCUGUAGCAGAAGGAGUGACAUCGGUGGCUUUACACGGCCCAGAUAAGGAUAAGCUGAUGAUACAAGGUGAAGAUAUUGAUGCAGCAUGCUUGACAACCUCCUUGAGAAAGAAGCUUUGUCAUGCAAUCAUAGAAACAAUUGAGGAAGUGAAAGAGGCCAAAAAAGAACCACCCAAACCACCAGCUCCCAUUCCAUACUGCUGUCCACAACCCCAGGUUGAAAUUUAUAACGUGGUUUCUGAUCCCUCUCCAGGUCUUUGUACCAUUUUGUGAAACCAAAAAAGACUCCAAUGGCGGAUAUCACCAAUAAUGAAGUGUUAGCAGUUGCAAAUCCAAUUAUUGACCUUUUUUCCCCAAACUUCUUAUCGUUUCCUCAUUUGUAAUUCUUCAGCAUAUCGCGAUUGUAGUGCAAGGAACAUCUAACUUUCAAGUAUACUCUUAAAACCAAAUGCAUUGGGUAUUUGCAAUUUUUUCAGACCUUUGUAAAAUUGUUCCUCAUCUCUUCUGCAUCAAGCAAAAAAUUUUGAGUGUUGAAUUUGCUCUAUAAUGCAAACUACAA